AUGGGAUAUUGUGAGCUUUGUGGUAGUGUCUAUCCAGAUGGAGGACAAUCACAAACUAUUCAUGAGUCUGGAAAACGGCAUCAAAAAGCUGUUGAACGGCACAUGCAAGCUGCUGAGCUUCCAAAAAAGACGGUGUUCGUAGCACUGGUGUCAAAAGGAGAAGCAGGCUACAGUUCAGUGGAUUCGGACACACUGACUGCGGCCUUCCGCACUUUUGGAGAGGUCACUCAUGUUUCGUGCGGAUUUCUUCAAGACCAUGCUUUUGUUGAGUUUGCUACGGAGGAUGCUGUUGAGAAGGCCAAAGCGGCUAAAUCCCUGAAAAUCAAUGAACAUCUUACUGGAGUCAUCUACGAACGUCGAAUCACUUUUCAAGAUGAACAUCCUUGCUCUUCUUUGGAUAUUGAAGAGGUAAUUGCAACGCUCACAUACAAUUUUGAAUCCUAA